CCUUAAGCGACGACUUGCAUCAACCGCAGCCAGCCAGCCCUUCAAAGCCAUUCUUCCCCGUGACUCCCAGACCAAGGCGACACGUUCCCCAGUGACAUCUUAUCAAAUCUCACCAGAUCUCAUCCCCUCUCAUUCUCCAGAACAGACAGGCCAAUCACCGCCCCAAGCCUCUCUCAAGAAACCACCCCCAAGGGUGGCCCCACAAAUCAACCAAAUAUGGCACCCAAGCUGAGCGAGGACGACAUCGACGACAUCAUCUACUUCGCCCGGGCCGGCGAGCUCACAGACCUCGAGGAGACGCUGUCGGCGCUCUCGGCGCGCGAGGGCGUGUCCCCGGCCGAGAUCAUAUUAGCAGCGCGGGACGAGGGCAAGUCCACAUGUCUCCACAUGGCAACGGGCAACGGCAACAUAGAAAUCGUAAAGUCCAUCCUGGCCCACUUCACAGCCCGCCCGAGCCAGGAGAAACAACUCCUCCUCGACGCCCAGAACGCCUUCGGCAACACGGCGCUGCACUGGGCCGCCGAGCGCGGCCACCUCGACCUCGUCAGGCUGCUCGUGGCCGAGGGCGCGUCGCCGGGGGUGGCCAACGACAAGAACUACGUGCCCCUGGACUCGGCGAGCUUCGGCGAGCGGCACGGCGUUGUGGACUUCUUCCUCGCGCAGAUGGAGGGGAUGGAGACGCGGAACGGCGCUGAGGGGGGCGGGCUGGGGAGCGCGGCCGAGGGGGUUAGGGUUGAUGCGAAGGGUGAGGAGGACGGGGAGGGGGAGGAGGAGGAGGAGGAGUUUGUGAUGAGGGCUGGGGACACGACUGAGGAUGGGAAGGGGGGUGGUUCUUCAUGA